AGAAAAUAUAUGAGAGUAUAAAAUAAUUUGGGAAUUAAGAAGAGCCAGCCAUAUUUAUUAGCAAUAGAAGCAAACAAAAUUUUCAUACCGAAAGUGAGAGCUUCAAACAUGAACGUCCACCUAUCAAUUUUAAGUGACAAACUGAAACUUGGAGGUGAUGAGGAUAAUAUAAACCUCCUUUAUGAAGCAAUUGAAGAUAACCCAUCCAUUUUGGAUAUUAUAGAUUCAAAACAGUUUGUCGAAACUCCUUUGCAUAUCGCUGCAUCAAGGGGGCAAAUCCAGUUUGCCAAUGAAAUUAUGAAUUUGAAACCUUCAUUUGCUUCGAAGCUAAAUCCGAAAGGAUUUAGCCCAAUCCACUUAGCUAUGCAAGAAAACCAAAACAGAAUGGUGUUGUAUUUUGUUGACAUGAACAAGGACCUUGUUAGAGUGAAAGGGAAGGGAGGUUUGACUCCUCUUCAUUUUGCAAGUCACAAUGGAGAUUAUGUUGAUCUUUUAGCUAAAUUUCUCCUUGAAUGUCCGGAAUCUAUCGAAGACUUGACGGUGAAGGGUGAGACUGCAUUGCAUAUUGCUGUCAAAAAUAACAACUACCAGGCUCUUGAUCUCCUUGUUUGCAUUCUUAGAAAAAUUAUCAAAAAAGGCGCCAGGAAGUUCGAUUAUAAAAUACUAAAUCGGAAGGAUGAGGCUGACAACACCGUUUUGCACAUUUUAGCGCAAAGGAAUUUCGAGCCACAGGUAGCACACACACUUGGAUUGUUGUUAGAGACUAGAAUAAAUUUGAAUGCAAAGAAUUUGGAGGACAAAACAGCAUUAGACAUGGCAUUCAAUGAAGAUAUUAAGGGUAAAUUGCUGACUGCUGGAGCAAAACCUGGCUUACGAGUCCGCGCUGCUCCCACACUUGCACAUAAACUAAUAUCAAAUAUCACAAUUAUUGACAAAUUGGUUAUUUUUACAUGUUCCCUAAGAAUGAAUAUAUCAGAGGAGCAACGCAAUACUUGGUUGAUUGUUGCGACUCUUGUUGCAACUUCCGUCUAUCAAUCAGCACUAAGUCCCCCAGGAGGGGUUUAUCAGGCUAAUGCUAGUGACAAUAAUGUGAACAUCACUUCCUCCAAUUCUACUAUUUCUAAUCUGGGAAAUGCUGGGAAAUCGGUCAUGUCAAAUUUUUAUUUCUUCGUUUUUUCAGUUUUAAAUAUUCUUUCCUUCCUUGUAUCAGUUAUAGCUAUAUUUAUUCUGACCCCAAGUGGGGUACUAGGCGGUCUGGUGUCCGGUCCUGUGGUUUUGUUUUCCAUGAAUUAUCUAGUUUCUAUGAGGUAUAUAUCCCCAGGUUCCAACACCAAUAUUGUUGACAUCACUAUCUUAUCAAUUGGAUUUGUCGUCUUCAUUUAUUGGGCUAUUCGAUUCUACCAUGUAAUUAGACGGUGGGCAAUGAUGCUAAGAAGCAAGUUGUAGAUCACAAUUACAGACAUUAGAGAUGGAUGGCACAACCAAACCAAUAAUUGUAUCUUGUAUUAUUUUUAUUGAAUGUAUGAGUAUGAUGUGCUUUUAUA